AUGGAUCGUGGCGCAGCACCCGUUGCACCUGUUCAUCGAAUCCCCCCGACCACGUGCAAAAGCAAGCCCAGGCCAGGACAUGCAACUAUCAGGGCAUUCGGAAAAGCUACGCAGUGGCAGCAGGCGCUGUCGGUACUACGGGUCAUGGUUCUAGCAAAGGUGGUUGUCAACGUCUUCAGCUACAGCGCCGGAAUCAGCGCGUGCGAGAAGGGCAAGCAGUGGCAGCUGGCUCUUGGGCUGCUCAGCGAGAUGUGCGAGGCGACCGUGGAGCCCGAUAUCUUCAGCUACAGCGCUGGGAUCAGCGCGUGCGAGAAGGGCGAGCGGUGGCAGCCGGCGCUGGCGCUGCUGAUCGAGCAAGCAUUGGCAGCUGGCUCUUGGGCUGCUCAGCGAGAUGUGUGA